GUUCUGGGCGAGCAGAAGCGGGUGAGGAUGGGUACCGGGUAGAGCCCGCGCCACACACACUCACACACACCGCCGCGGCCCGGAACCUGGCGACAGACCUCUCUCCGCCCUCCGGACCCCCUCUCCGUAGUCUCGGGUGCCCAGAGCUCUGGUAUCUGGAAGCCUGGCCGCCGCCGCUGUCCUGCGACCUCGGGCAGAUAUUGACACGUGCAAUUGUCUACGCUGUAGGAUUUCCAAUUCCACUGGGUUCUGACAACUUCGGAGCUUACAAUGCCGCCACCUGCAGACAUUGUCAAGGUGGCCAUAGAAUGGCCUGGUGCCUACCCCAAGCUCAUGGAAAUCGAUCAGAAAAAGCCACUGUCUGCCAUAAUAAAGGAAGUCUGUGACGGGUGGUCUCUUGCCAACCAUGAGUAUUUUGCCCUGCAACAUGCCGAUAGUUCAAACUUCUAUAUUACUGAAAAGAAUCGCAAUGAAAUAAAGAAUGGCACGAUCCUUCGAUUAACCACAUCUCCAGCUCAAAGCGCCCAGCAGCUUCAUGAGCGGAUCCAGUCAUCAAGCAUGGAUGCCAAGCUGGAAGCCCUGAAGGACCUGGCCAGCCUCUCCCGGGAUGUCACCUUUGCCCAGGAGUUCAUAAACCUGGACGGCAUCUCUCUGCUCACGCAGAUGGUGGAAAGCGGCACCGAGCGAUACCAGAAGUUACAGAAGAUUAUGAAGCCUUGCUUUGGAGACAUGCUGUCCUUCACCCUGACAGCCUUUGUGGAGCUGAUGGACCAUGGCAUAGUGUCGUGGGAUACGUUUUCCGUGGCGUUCAUUAAGAAGAUCGCAAGUUUUGUGAACAAGUCAGCCAUUGACAUCUCCAUCCUUCAGCGGUCCUUGGCCAUUUUGGAGUCCAUGGUGCUCAAUAGCCAUGACCUCUACCAGAAGGUGGCGCAAGAGAUCACUAUUGGCCAGCUCAUUCCACAUCUUCAAGGGACGGAUCAAGAAAUUCAAACCUAUACCAUUGCCGUGAUUAAUGCGCUUUUCCUGAAGGCUCCUGACGAAAGGAGGCAGGUUGAUGCAGAGAGCAAUGUUGACAUCCUUGGGUGUCCACUGACUGAGAUGGCAAACAUUUUGGCUCAGAAGCAGCUGCGCUCCAUCAUUCUCACGCAUGUCAUCCGAGCUCAGCGGGCUAUCAACAAUGAAAUGGCGCAUCAGUUAUAUGUUCUGCAAGUACUCACCUUUAACCUCCUGGAAGACAGGAUGAUGACCAAGAUGGACCCCCAGGACCAGGCUCAGAGGGACAUCAUAUUUGAACUUCGAAGAAUCGCUUUCGAUGCGGAGUCUGAACCCAACAAUAGCAGUGGCAGCAUGGAGAAACGCAAGUCCAUGUACACUCGGGAUUACAAGAAACUUGGCUUCAUUAAUCAUGUCAACCCGGCCAUGGACUUCACCCAGACUCCUCCUGGAAUGCUGGCUCUGGACAACAUGCUGUACUUUGCAAAGCACCACCAAGAUGCUUACAUCCGGAUUGUGCUUGAGAACAGCAGCAGAGAAGAUAAGCAUGAAUGUCCCUUUGGCCGCAGUAGUAUAGAGCUGACCAAGAUGCUGUGUGAGAUCUUGAGAGUGGGCGAGCUGCCUAGUGAGACAUGCAACGACUUCCAUCCAAUGUUUUUCACCCACGACAGAUCUUUCGAGGAAUUUUUCUGCAUCUGUAUCCAGCUUCUGAACAAAACAUGGAAGGAAAUGAGGGCAACUUCUGAAGACUUCAACAAGGUAAUGCAGGUGGUGAAGGAGCAGGUUAUGAGAGCGCUUACAACCAAGCCUAGCUCCCUGGACCAGUUCAAGAGCAAACUACAGAACCUGAGCUACACUGAGAUCCUGAAAAUCCGCCAGUCUGAGAGGAUGAACCAGGAAGAUUUCCAGUCUCGCCCAAUUUUGGAACUAAAGGAGAAGAUUCAGCCAGAAAUCUUAGAGCUGAUCAAACAGCAGCGCCUGAACCGCCUUGUGGAAGGUACUUGCUUCAGAAAACUCAAUGCCCGGCGGAGACAAGAUAAGUUUUGGUAUUGUCGGCUUUCACCAAACCACAAGGUCCUGCAUUAUGGAGACCUGGAAGAAAGUCCACAGGGAGAAGUGCCCCACGACUCCUUGCAGGACAAACUGCCGGUGGCAGAUAUCAAAGCUGUCGUGACGGGAAAGGACUGCCCCCAUAUGAAAGAGAAAGGUGCCCUUAAACAAAACAAGGAGGUGCUUGAACUUGCUUUCUCCAUCUUGUAUGACUCCAACUGCCAACUGAACUUCAUCGCUCCUGACAAGCAUGAGUACUGUAUCUGGACAGAUGGGUUGAAUGCGCUACUUGGGAAAGACAUGAUGAGCGACCUGACGCGGAAUGAUCUGGACACGCUGCUCAGCAUGGAGAUUAAGCUCCGCCUCCUGGACCUGGAAAACAUCCAGAUCCCUGAUGCUCCCCCGCCCAUCCCCAAGGAGCCCAGCAACUACGACUUUGUCUAUGACUGUAACUGAAGUGGUGGGGCCUGGAUACGCGCCCCCUCCCAAACUGGAAAAAUCUAGCUAACAGGAGAAAGGAAUGAGAACACACCCAUGCCUCAGAAGCCUCUUUCAGUCAAGGGAAGCUAUAGGUUCAAUACUUCCUUCAGCCUCUGCUCUGGCCCCAGCAGUUUUUGGCCCCUGCCUGGUGUCUUGCUCACCUCCAUGACUCUUGUUUCUAGAUUCCGCUGCUUUAGGUCACUUUCCACUGCUGCAGUCCAGUGGUAGGACAAGAGAAAAGUCACCACCAGUAAGAGAGCAAAGGGGCCCUUCUAGCCUAACUACCUGCUUUCUCCCUAGAGUAGGAAAGCCAGUCACUCCAGACUGCCCCUGGACCAUGCCCUCCAUAACCAAGAGGAGUACCCCAGAGACCAGAUCUGGAAGAGAUAAAACCUAGCUGUUCAGACCAAAUACCACAAGCUUCUCUCCAGGGUCCACUCACACCCCCCAGUUCCAUUUGGAUUAAGAAGUCUUUAAAUCUCUCUCCUCCAUCCUCACCAUGACCUUGUCAUGGUCCUCUUGGUCCCUAGAACAACAGCAGCAUCCACCUCGUUGUAGUCCUCGCCAGCGCUGGCUCUCCCAGAAAUAGUCUGCAGGGGCCCAGGCCCACCUCGCGUCUGCACUGUGACCGUGACCGCUAGCUAGUCUUGGGUUUCUUCUCCCUGCCCCAGCCCAGACAGACUUGCCUUCCCAUUUCCACACAUGCUCCUAGCCUCUUAGCUGAAAGCACAAAUGGUAGUCAUGCUCUAUCUUCAAUAGACUAAACCUAAAAGCCUCUAAGCCAGGCUGUUGUUCUCUAGGGGUUCGGUGUGACCUUCUCCUGAGGAGUCCUGCUGUAACACAGGCCCACAGGAUGGCCCCGAAAUCUGAGUUUACAUCGUUGUAAUUAUUACAGGUAUUUACAAUCUGCAAGGGUUUGGGGUUAGGUUUUUUGUUUGUUUGUUUGUUUUGCUUUGUUUUUGUACAAAAGAGUCUAACAUUUUUUGCCAGAUAUAUAUUUAAUGAAAAGAAGAGAAACCUAAAUGUGUGUACUUUUCAUUUUUUUAAUUAUUUUAAUUCCAAACAUCUUCCUCAGAAUAACAUUCCCUUCAACAUGCUGUGGAAUAAAAUCAAUUACGAUGA